GGACUUCAACGAGGCCUCCAUCAAGAGGCGGCAGCGUCUGUGACGAGAAGCUUCCAGGAUCCUGGGACUUUCCGUACCGACUGAAUUGCGAAACGGUCCUACUAUCAUUAAACUUAAGAGGGACGUCCAUUAUCCUUACCAAAGGAGGAUUAAAAUUUUCUUAUUGGCUUUUUAUUAUUCAAUUAUGGAAGCUUAGACACCUACAAAAGGGAUGUCCGAGAUGGGGGGAGGGGUUUGAGAGCACGUAUCCCUUGGUCUGUGUGUGUGUGUGUGCGUGCUUGAGACAUUUCUUUAAUUUUUAAUGUUCCUACACAUAAUCACAUACCAUAUGUUUAAUUUUGAAGUGUUACUAAAUAUGUUAGACAUGUGUGUGCUAAAUAUACAAGAUAAUAAAGUGUAUACUGAUCCUGGGUGAUCUGACCACGGUGCAAUAUUCAGCUUAUUGAUUUGAGGAUGCAUUUUAAUUACGCUGUUUUGAAGUAGUUCAUCCUUGUUUUUUGUAACGACACAGGGUAUGUUUUGCUGGAUGCACAGCCACUGGAACUGUACCCGAAAAAAGGCAUAUUUCUGUUUCAGCAGUUAAAUGGUCAGAGGUAACACUCUGUACACCUAGAUCUAUUUUAUCUCUAUCUAGUAAAGUGUAGGCUGUAUAAGAUGUUGGAAGGAAAUAGAUGAGAGAUGAACUCCUUGGCAACUCAUGCAGUUUGUGUCCAAUGCUGUGUGAUGAUGGUGGUGGUUACUGGUAGUUUUGCUUCUGAGCUUUUAAGUUUCAUUCUUAGUACUUCACUGUCAUUUCCACUGUUUCUGUCAUGUGGUUUGACUUCAGCCUCCACUCCCACAACCUCUCUGCUCCUGAUCUGUUUUACUAUUAUCUGUCUCAGUGUGUGACUGUGUGAGAGAGUGAGACCUUGGGUUUUCGCAAACCCCUCUCCCUUUGAAGGACAUCUCUUUUGCCUUUAGAUUGCUCUACUUAAAUCUAUAAAUGGACACUCUAAUUCAACUCAAGAACAACCAGUUUCUGAUGGGGUUGUGUCGCAACGGGCCUCCACCGGACCUACAAUAUGAUAAUUCUUCAGAGCUCUACCGCAUCUCUACCUUUGCUCGAUUCCCAACUUCGGGAGUCACAGAGCGAAGUCUGGCGAGGGCAGGGUGGUUCUACACUGGUGUGGGAGACCGUGUACAGUGUUUCAGGUGUAACGUGACAGCAGAGGGCUGGCAGGCUGGAGACUGUCCAACGGAGAAACACAGACAGCUCUCUCCAUCCUGCUCCUUCAUCCAGAGCCUCCCAUCUACAGCCAACCUGCUCUCCUCCUCACACUCGGCCUUCUCCCCACUUCGCAUUGCCCCAGCCAUACCACUUUCUGGUCCAGGCCCAGCUGCUCCUAACCCAACAGCCAGUCAAGGUGAUGAGCCAAUCGGUUACCUAAACAUGGGCUUCUCUGCUCCACCACCCUCCAGCCCGCUUAGCUCUCGUGGUGUAGAGGACAUGUCCCACCAGAGACCAACAUGCCACAACCCCAGCAUGCGCAGAGAGCAGGACCGCCUGGACUCCUUCCAUCCCUGGACACUCUCCAUCAUAACUCCUGCUGAACUCGCUAAGGCUGGCUUCUACUACCUGGGCCAGGGUGACCGAGUGGCCUGCUUCAGCUGUGGAGGACAGUUGAGUAACUGGGAGCCAGGUGACAGAGCCGUAUCCGAACACCAGAGGCAUUAUCCAAACUGUCGUUUUGUGCGAGGGGACAGAGCUGACAACGUAUCGCUGGCAGGAGCUGCGUCUGGAGGACUAACUUCUCAGCUGUCUGCAGGAGCCUCAGCCCUCAGUAAUGUGUCCAACCCUGCUAUGCAGCAGAGUGAAGAGAGGCUGCUCACCUUCGUCAACUGGCCGUCUCGUAUCCCUGUCCGACCCGACCAGCUGGCUAAAGCUGGCUUCUACUAUGUAGGUCGUAACGAUGAUGUCAAAUGUUUCUGCUGUGACGGAGGCCUGCGCUGCUGGGAGUCCGGAGACGAUCCUUGGGUGGAACAUGCUAAAUGGUUUCCACGGUGUGAAUAUUUGCUCCAGGAGAAGGGACAAGAGUUUGUCCACCAGAUCCAGGCUCGUUUCCCUCGCCUGUUCGAGCAGCUCUUAACAAAUGGAGACAGCAGCUCCAGAGAGUUUGUGGAUCCACCUGUGGUUCAUCUCGGUCCAGGAGAGGAGCGGUCUGAGGACGCUGUCAUGAUGAACACCCCUGUGAUUAAGUCUGCGUUAGAGAUGGGCUUUGAGCGCAGUCUAGUCAAGCAAACAGUCCAGAGCAAGAUCCUGACCAGUGGAGAGAACUACAGAACAGUCCAGGAGCUGGUUUCAGACCUGCUGAGUGCCGAGGACCAGAAGAGGGAAGAGGAGCGAGAGAUGCUGGCAGAGGCGAUGGCAUCAGAUGGUUUCACCUUUGUGAAGAGGCACCAGGCAGCAUUGAUCCAGCGUCUGAAGAGUGUCGAGCCAGUGCUGGAACAUUUAAGAGAGCAAAAUGUGUUGUCUACAGAGGAGUACAGCGGUCUCAAGGCUCAGACAUCCGCACAGCAGCAAACUGCCAGGCUGAUAGAGCUCGUCCUCACCAAGGGAAACGCUGCAGCCGAGGUCUUCCGCAACUGGAUCCAGAAGAACGAUGUCCACCUGCUGAGAGAUCUCAUGGCCCAAUCAAAUGAAGCUGCAUCACCAAGCCAAGAUCUUUCAGACCUCCCCAUGGAGGAGCAGCUGCGGCGCUUGCAGGAGGAGCGUACCUGCAAGGUGUGUAUGGAUAAAGAAGUCAACAUCGUCUUUAUCCCAUGUGGACACCUGGUGGUGUGCAAAGAGUGUGCGCCUUCCCUGCGAAAGUGCCCAAUUUGCAGAGGCCUGGUUAAAGGCACAGUUCGAACCUUCCUCUCAUAACCAAGGAGGCUGUGAGACGCGUUCCGUCACUCACAUGUGUCACAACAAUGUGACUGAAUGUAAGCAAUAUGACAUAAAUCUAUAUUUAUUGGAAAGAGCAGGAUCGUUGUGCAUCUUCUUUUUCCCCCAAAUCUGUCGAUUUACCCCUUUGUUAAUUGAAAGAGACAUUAAAGAUGUCAAGUUUCUACAUCAUUUAUCUAGAUAACCAGAUAAAGCACACAUAAACUUAUCUGAUAAAGUUGUAAAACUACAGUAUGGCCUUCAGUUUAAUUUCAGAUUUUCACACACAUGCUAUUGGUGUCAUCCUAUUUAAUGGAUGUUUUUCAUGUUAUCACUUAAUAUCACAAUAUGGAUAGUGUAUGAAAAAAAACACAAAAUAAUCAAUGUUCAAUGCAGUGAACUGUGCUCAGUGAUUCAUUACAUUAAUCUGAACUGUCAACACAACUUCAGUAAAUGAUUGUUUCUAAAAUGCAUAAGAUUGUAUUAUAGUAACACGACUUUUUUGAAAGUGUCUAACAGCAGCCCUGAAGUAAAUAUCGGUUUGAUUCAGGUUGAAUCUUUUUUUCUAUCAGAGCUAUAAAGGAGAUGUUCAUGAAGCCUUUAGUGUGACAGCAAUGUAAAGUAUAACAGAAGCAGCUAGAGUGACUAAUUGUGACCUGAGGUGGUGAUUAAUCCCAAAUUACAUAAUUUGUCUCAAAAAACAAGCUUAGUGAACUUUACCAACCUAUUUUUACUGCACUUCUGGCUUGUUAGUCUUUGUCAGAUUCUUGUAUAUCUUGAGAAACUAUCUGGGAAAAGCUAAAGGUUUACUCUCAAAAUUCUAAUAAUACUUAAAUCACUUUACUAAGUAAUAAACUGUAAAUUUAAAAAGGCAUGUUCUAAUUUUCUAUGAAAAACAAAAUACGAUACUCUUUCAAACUGGACCCCUGGUGAAAAUUUGUUAUUGUGAUUAGCUUUGUGCAUAGAAGCACAAGCUGAAGGUUUUGGCAUAACCCUCAGUGUACCCCAAACUAAACAUCAUGGAAAAUCUGUGGACAGACCUCAAAAGAGCAGUGCAUGCAAGAUGGCUGAAGAAUGUCACAGUUCGAGAAGCCUUUUGCAGGAAGAAUGGGUGAAAAUCCCCUGAAGAUAACUGAAGGACUCUUAACUGGCUACAAAAAGCCUUUACAAGCUGUGAUACGGGCCAAAGGGGGUGUUUCUGAGCAAUGACCAUGCAGAGUAUCCAAACUUUUGUUUUGAAACUGUAAAAGUAAGGAAUAAACUAACUUUGCAUAAAAUA